GUAGAAAAUCUCAAAAUUGGUUGCUUCAAAGACUCGCCCUCAAACAGACAUUUCCGCAUUUCGCCUGGGGAUUACAAGACUUGGAGCUUAACACCAUAUGUCUGCGUAAAACUUUGUGGAAGUUUGAGAUACAAAUUUGCUGCCCUACAAAAUGGAAAUUUGUGUUUCUGCGCCGAUAAUUUUAAUGUUUCGCAAGAGGCAAGCGUGGAUUGCACUGCAAACUGCACAGGAGACAUAAGAUAUUCGUGUGGUGGAACAUGGGCUAAUUCAGUAUACAAUUCUACCUCGUACGGGAAAAAGCUCGUUAUAAAUCACUUCGGUCCGUUGAGGAUUUUUGAGUGGGUAAAUAUGUCCGCUGUUUUAAUGAAUGAUAGUGCUCUAGGAUUAAAAGUAUCGUUUAAUAUUGGAGAUGAAAAUGGUGACUCUCCCGGAGACAGCGCAGUUUUUAAUUUCAAGGCGUCGUUUUGGGGGAGAAUAGAUGUUAAAGCUCGACUGCUGAACAUUGGCCCUGAGUUGGGUUAUAGCCACCGAGAGUUGUACAUCCAUGCUAUCCCAGGGCGAGCGGAAUUAAAUUGUCCUUCUGUGGCUCGUACGGGACAUACGCUUCGCUGCGUGGCAAAGAUUUACGAAGGAACGAACCUUCAGGCAACAUGGACGUUUAAAAACGGAGAUAUCAAACACAUUUUAUUACCAGGUAAACCAAAACUGAUAUUUGCUUGGUUAUUGUUAGUCUUUCAUUUAUUUCGUCUUUUAUGUGUUGCGAAAGCGCCUCGAUUUGACAAGGGACUGUCAAAGUGGUACGCUCAUACUGACACUCACGACGUAUUAUGAGAAACAACCUUGAUUAAAUUGAAAGGGCAUUCAAGCUGAGCACACUCGUUAUUUUUUCCCUUGGAUUGGUCGGCAAACCAUUUAACACUCCUUUUAAACAAAAAAGUCGAAAAUUACCAGCAAUACUAAAAAUCAACAAACAGGACGACCGCUAAGCGGUUAACGCUCGAUUCAAAAUCAUUUAUGUUUUGUAUAGGUGGCAGCCAUACGACUCCGUUUUAAUGUCCAAAGUCAAAUAACACACAGACUCAUGUUAUUAAAAUCCAUUUCAUAUGUUUGGCAUUUUUUUCGUUCAUUUGUUGUAUUUGCAAAAGGCCAAUUUUGUUUAAAUUAUUUGACAGUUCAGAUACAUUGCCGGCGAACUUAACCAUGGCUUAUCUUUCUUUUCAAAUUCAGAAAGCAUGCACAGCGAUAACAAAAUGAAUUAAAAACACAAUAGCCUCAUUUCAUACAGACUUUGUAGUGUUAUUCUUUAUCUUGUUAAAACCCUUAAGCAUAACAAAAGAAUUGGAAAUUAUUUUGUACAGGUGGAAGCCGUAAACUGGUUUUUUGAGAUGCAAAUUCAGUGACGAAAUAGGGCAAUAAAGCAGCUUUGUCUUUUUGGAUAACGAUAGCAGCUCAAAACAAAUAUAACAAAUAUAAAUAAGCAAAUGAAAACUGUUUGUAGGGACUAAAGUGAUAUAGUGAUAUCAACGAAUUUCUACAAGGCUCGAUUAAAGCCGCUGUUCAGGAAAAUGAGCCCGCACUUAUCUCCCCGAAAGCUAAACAGCAGCAAGAAAAUCAAAGACCACAGGCCUCCCAAACUCACUAUAUGUGAUCGCUUGUUAAAGAUUAACACAACUGGCAGUAUUGCGUGAUGUAACGAUUUAUAGGGCUCAUCCGCAAACAGUUUUAUUUCAAAAUAAGUCGCCUUAUAUACCACUUAUUAACCGAGAGUGAGGUCAUCACAGGGAAAUCUCAGAUCGAGGCCUUGAUGUAUGGACCGGUCAAUACAUCAAGGCUGAGGUCUGAGAUUUCCCUGUAAUAACCGAGCAGAAGAGAUAAAUAAAUUGAUUAUUAAAAUAAUGGCUUUUUAAUUGUGGAACUGAGACUGCGAUCAAUUAAAACCAAAAACUGGUCACCCCAAUGAGUUGUACACUGGUUGUAAACUCCGUCUGCGACACCUGUACAAAGACCGGACUCAAGAGAAUGGCGGAAAUGGAGCCUAAAUCUCUGCUAAAGGCCUUUUGUUAAAUGUAAGGCUAGCAAACUUAAGAAGCCUACUUGAGAUUUUAUCUAGUCCACAAUUCUUGGAUGCGCUUAAUUUUUAUAUCAAACGGUAUACGUGUUCUUCAGUCACAGGAGUAAACGCAAACUGUGUAGAUGCCCCACUGUUAAUGUAUCGUUCUGGGGAGUACCUGUAACUGGAAUGUUCUUGGCCAAUUUUUCUUCCAGGGAGCAGAAAUGUUGAUUCAUUUUUAUCAAUAUUUCUCAAACUCAUUGAUGAUUCAUAAAAAAAAAUACAAAGGAAAUUUAAGGUUAAUGAGUGUUUAGAAAUCAAAUGAAAAACUGGUCAUUUUUGCAUCCUUAAUUUCUCCCUCUAAAAUCAUUUUGUUUGAGAAGUAAUAUCAAGCAUUCAACACAGUGUUUCAUCAACAAAUGAAACACCUCGAAGUUCAUCAGAAAUACUCCGCUGCGCGUCGUAUUUUUAACUCUCUUCUCGGUGUUUCAUCUGGUGAUGAAACACUGAGUCUCAUUCUUGACUGAUAUUACAUAAUUGACACCCACAAAAAGCUCACUUAUCAAUGUUGUCUUAGUACUUCGACCUUAGCGUACUAUUAAUUAGUUUCAAAGUUUCUCUUACAUCACCAUGAAUGCAAUUGUUUCAUGCUUUCCAUUGUCUCAUUCUCAUUUUCAUUUUCAUUCUCAUUCUCUCCCCAGACCCCCUGUACGUGCGUGCUGGGCCGGCCGUGCCUCAAUGGAGUUUAUCCGGAUUAGCUUCCUCAUAUAACACAGGAGUGUUUUUGCUUCCCAAUUCCCAGUUUACCUCCGAGGCAAGGGUUUUAGCUCUGGAAAUCUACGGACACACAGCAGGGGACAUCAAAGUUUUUGUGAGUAAUUUUCAGUUAUUUAUAACAAAAGAAACUUUCCAUUACCUUGAAGUGGUUAGAUGCAGGCCUUGGCGGUUGUUUUUUGGUAAAUAAAAAAGGGUUUGUACAAAUAGUAAACGUGAUUCCAUGUAAAUGGUAAACAACCUUUACGCUGUUUACAGUCAAGUGACUAUCAAACAUAACUCUCCCAUUUUCCCUUUCUUUUUACUAUUCUAGAUCAUGAGACCGAUCUGUAACACGCCCACCCAAUACUUCUGUCUAUCAAACAAGUCAUGUUCUCGGCAACCUUGCCCUACCUACCCUUCCUACAUCUGCUCAUCUCCCAGCGUCCUCUGCGCUUCCAAGUCCUGCUGUAACCAGCCUCCGAGUGAAAACUGCUCUCAGCUGUUCUCCCCAACAAAUCUCUCGGCUGAUUCGUUGAUCAUAGCAGCUUACAUCGGAGUGUUGGCGAUCCAAACAGGUUACAACCUUCAUGUACUUCCCAAGGAUCAGAAAGUGAACGUUUUGCCUGGAGAUAUGAUAGCUUGGGGACCGACAGCAAAUGGAAAAAUUGCGCAAAAAACGGGGGGAGGCACGGUGUAUCACUUUUCAGCAUUGGAUGCGCAGACACUUCAAACUGGAACAAAUGUGUCGGUCAACCAAUCACAAUUGAUUAUAAACUUGACGUACCUGGUCAACAUCAUUGGAUCUCAGGCUGCUAUGUUCGAAUUCAGCCAUCAAUUUAACUCGUCUGGGAUGUACUGGGCCCAAGUCAAAAUUAAUGAUACUUUCGGAAAUGCUUUGGCGCCAAUAGUUAGACCAUUCCAAAUACAGGAUCCUCUUUCGAAAAUAAAAGUUGUCUACCAGCCAGGAUUUUCCUUUUUUGGCGCUAAGGUAAACGAAGAAAUUGAACUAAUUGUUAAUAUCACCUCUGACGAGAAUAUAACAGUAUCUUGGACCCUUGUUAACUCCAGUGGGGUAAUAAGACAUGAAACUUUAUUAAGUGAAGACAGCAGUUUUGUUGUCGACAGGCUCAACCAGACGUUUCCGAGCUUAGGAACGUACGUUUUUUUGGUCGAGGCUGCCAAUAACGUCAGCGUUAUAAACAGUACAGUGUUGGUCCACGUUCAAGACGGUCUAACUGAUCUUGUUGCCUUUGUGAUUUCGGACAAAGUCUUUCUUGGUGCCUUGACAGAGCUGAAUGUGUCGGUAAGCGGGUCCAAUGCCAAGUUCAAAUGGGACUUCGGCGACGGUUCCAGGACGAAUUACAUUUCAAACACAACUGUCUUUCAUCGUUUCUCUGAGACAGGACUUUUAAACGUCUCCGUAAUUGCUAAUAACCUGGCAUACACAGAGAGAACCUGGCAAACUGUUCACGUGCUAAACCCUCUAAGUAUAUCUGUUCCAUCAAAGGGUGAGGUUGGCGUGGCCAUAAACGCGUCUUGUACAUUAAUUGGAUUCUUUCCGCCAGACCAGUAUUACUACUGGGAUUACGGCGAUGGCAGCACAGAGGAGGGUCUUAACAAAGUCCAGGUGACUCACAAUUACUCUAACGGAGGAACCUACACAAUUUCAGUCAAGCUAAGAAGUGAGGUAAAUGUAAACGCGAGCUCGAAGAUUCUUGUGCUAGAGCCAGUCUCGGGUCUAAAGAUUAACAACAUCACUGGAAUAGAACUCUUUGAUAACAAGACUUUCACAGCCCACACAAAAACAGGAAACAAUUUAACAUAUGAAUGGUACUUGUAUAGUAACAAUAGCAUGAUUAUCAUGGUUUGCACAGAUAACAACAACAACAACAACAUCAACAGUCAAUCGAUCGAACUCUCUUUCAAUUCAACAGGAGUAUACACUGUAAGUGUAAACGUCUCAAACUCCGUUUCCUUUGGAUUUGCCUCGAUAACUUUCCCUGUUCAAGAGCGCAUUUUGGGACUGAGUAUAACCGCUUUCCCGAAUCCUGCGCCGUCUAAUUCCACAAUAACUUUUAACAUCACAAAGGGUACCGGAAGUGACGUCAGAUAUCGUCUUGAUUUCGGUGACGGAUUUGUCGCACGAGAUUUUCCACCGAACUAUCUUUUCAAUCGGACAUUUGUUUCCGGUCGAUGGCAAAUCAUCUUGACUGCUGAGAACGCUGUCAAUCAAGUGAUUGUUUUUUACAACGUGACAGUGCAAGAUCCUUUACAUAACAUAACUGUAGGUGUCGUUGCUGAAUCUGAAUUUCAGGGACAAAAACUUGUGGCAGUUGGAACAGACACAAUUUUUUACAGCAAAGUAUGCGUGGGUACUGAUGUAUAUUUCCGGUGGAAUUUUGGAGAUGGAAGCACCAUUCGCACCUAUAAAGGCUCAAAACUGCUAACAGGAGAGAGUAAUAACUCCGUCGGACACUCGUUUGCGAGCACAGGCCAGUUUAACAUCACUAUACAAGCUUAUAACGUAAUCAGUCAGCUCAAAGCCUGGGUUAUAGUGGAUGCGCAGGAAAGAAUCGAAGGGUUUAAGUUGGAAGUUAGUGAUCAUGCAAGUCCUGGGAACCCGAUAACAUUUCACUUUUCGCAAACUAAAGGAAGCAAUGUAAGCUAUAUAAUCAACUUUGGUGACGGGGAAGCAAGUCAAGUAAUCACUUUAAAUUCCUUGGUUAAGGCUUAUAACAGUGAAGGUGUGUUCAAUGUCACAGUUAAGGCAGCCAAUCAACUAAGCUUCCAGAAUGUGAUAAAAACAAUUUCAGUGCAGCGUCAGAUUCAAGGCCUCGCGUUCGUGCAUCCAAUCGCUGCUGCUAAAAUUGGUUUAUCUUCAGUUAUAUCAUGGAGUAUCAGUGACGGCAGUGACGUAAAAUUUGAAAUCAACUAUGGUGACGGAAGCGCACCUCAUGUUCUGGACGCCGUCGAUGCCGGAACAAACGUCACCGUGCGUCACAACUACACGUCAUGGGGUGCGUAUAUAGUCCAAAUCACUGCUUAUAACUUAGUGGGACCCAAUAGUACAAUUACAGGAAGUGCCAUGGUAGAUGAAGCCAUAGAGGGCCUCUCAGCGCACACCAAACAAAGUACAAUACAAUUGUACCAAAGUGUGGUUAUCCUUGCGUCAGUUCUGAAAGGGAGUCGUGUAACUUAUGAGUUUCAAUUUGCUGAUGGUUCAAAUGACGUACAAACAUCAAAUAACACUGUUUCUCAUCAGUAUAGGAAACACGGCCAGUUUAAUGUCACAGUCACCGCUAGGAAUUCUAUAACUGCUUUGAAAACAACGCAGCUUAAUGAGACAAUCACGGUAGAGAAGCCAAACACGCCGCUGGAGAUUCGUGGGCUCAAUGUAUCCUGCAAAGCUACCACUCCUGGGAAUGCAAGCAAAAUUCUCAUCACCUUUGAUUAUGGUUUCUUAUUCAAGUGCCUGGUUGACUUUGGCGACGGGACCAAUGAAACGUUUAAGGACGAAAAUCUAGGAAAUCCUGUAUUACAUACUUACAGUGAAGUGGGUAGUUUUGAUGUGACUGCACACUGUGACAAUCCGUUAGGAGGUGACGUCGUCCAUACAAUAGCACGGGUAGACGAAUUUAUCACUGGACUUAGAUUUAAGACCGGAAGUGAAGUGAUUAACACAACAUUUGGUCACGAUGUUACUAUUGAGUGGAUCUGGGAAACGGGUACAAAUAUCGAGCUCAGUGUCACGCUAUCAGGUCAUGGUUCUAUUCCAAGACAACAAACCAGUAAAACAGGCUCUGUGACGUUAAACCAAUCAUUAUGUUCCAAUCCAGGAAAAUACGUCGUCAACAUUGAGCUGUCGAACUCCGUCACGUCUCCACAAAGCUUGCAGGCUACAGUCACCUUUUUGGAGGAAAUAUCUGACUUAAAGGUCUGGUAUAAUCCAGUAGUCAGAACCGGUAGUAAAGUCCCGAUCAUUGUCUCCGUUGAAUCAGGAUUAGAUGUUAAAGUUCUUUGGAAAUAUGGUGAUGGGGUUGAUAACACCCGGAAAACCAAAGGCUUUGGAAAGCAGACGUUUGUAUCAAGUCAUGUAUAUAAUACACAAGGAAAUUAUGAACUAGAGGUUGAGGCCUCUAACGAAAAUUCUUCUAACAAAACUAAACGUACCGUAACAAUUCUAGGUGCCGUUAAAGGAUUUUCAUUCCAUCAGCAAUAUAAGGCAGUUUGGCCGUCGAGGAACAUGACUUUCCAAUUUAAUAGAGAAUCGUUGCUUCCAGAGCUUCUCAACACAACAUACUGCAUCUAUUUUGGAAAUGGCGAGAAAUCAAUGGACAUACUGGUUGAGCCUGCGCAAACGCAGUUUAGUUAUAACUACUCUUACUCCGCACCGGGGUGUUACAAUGCUAAGCUGAUUAUACGGAAUUUUGUGAGUCGUGUCGAGUUAUCGGCACCUGUUGAAAUCGUACAGCCAAUCAGAAACGCCAAACUCAAAGCCUUGAAUUCGAAAUACUCGGCUCGUCCGGGAACUGUGGGUGGAGGCUCAACUCGGAACACCUUCCCGUUUGAGUACCCAGUAUCCUUUGCGAUUUCGCAAGACACGGGAACAUGCUUGAGGUAUGAUUGGUCAUACGGGGAUUUCCAUGAAUCGCAAAACGUCACUGAAGCUGUUACUACGCAUGCCUAUCCACUGCCUGGGAAUUACAAUAUUACGGCUAAAGUUUAUAACAGCUUGGGAGAGAAGAUUCUGAAAGUUAAAAUAACUCUACAGCAUACCGUACGGGGUUUGUAUUUAGCGGCCAAUGCUUCAGCAAGACCCGAAGAGAGUAUCACUUUUGUCGCGUUUUGUUCGAGCCUCGGAACGGAUUCUCAGUUUGUUUUCAAUCCUGGUGAAGGAGAUAACGUUACUCUCAACCGCAAAAAUUUUAAGAGCAACUCCAAACUAAAAGCGGAAAAUAACCUCGACCCUAAUAUCAACUUGCCGUUCACUCCUUCAGAUUACUACGCACAAGUUUACAGUCAUAGGUACACAAGCAAGGGAUUGUUCGAGGCGCAAGUGUGGGCCUGGAACGAGGCAUCUCAGCAAUCAGCUCGUUCUUCAGUUGCAGUAACAGAUGAGCCAGUUCCAGUCCCCGCAGUGCAAGUGAGGGGAGGCCAAAAAAACUUAACGAAUAUCACGUCUUUUUUGUUUGGAACACGAUUUUCUCUCAGCUCUAGCGUCAGGAUAUCAAGCAAUAAAAGCUUCAAAGUCAGCUUUAAAUGGGUUGUGUUUAAAGCCGAUUCAUAUCAUAGCCCUGCAGCUUCUGUUCACGUGCAACUUCCUCCGGAGACAGCGAGAGAAUUGAAGUAAAUAAAACGCACUUUACUUGAGCAAUGUAAUUUUAUUUGUAAUUGCACUAAUGGUAAUGGUAAUCGUAAUCGUAAUUGCAAUCGUAAUCGUAAUCGUAAUUGUAAUUGCAAUGGUAAUCGUAAUCUUAAUCGUAAUCGUAAUUGCAAUCGUAAUCGUAAUCGUAAUUGUAAUUGCAAUGGUAAUGGUAAUCGUAAUUGCAACCGUAAUCGUAAUCGUAAUUGUAAUUGCAAUGGUAAUGGCAGUGGUAAUCGUAAUCGUAAUUGUAACAACCCACGUUUGAUAUAUUAAAAUUCCAACACGACUCCGAGGCUUUAGCGACAAAAUUGCAAAUUUUUCACGAUUCCAUUGUGUCGCAAUUACCAGAAGAAAGAAAACCAAACCAAAUGUAGAAAAAUGACCAGAAAGCCUCAUAAUCAUGUUAAAAAUUUACUAUAUCGAACGUGGGAUUUUGUAGUGGAGACGAGACCACCAUUUCUAGGCGUUCAACCGAGCCACGCGAAGGUCUAGUCGUCGAAGGUCAAAGUCAGUACCCUCAGUUCUCAAAUAGCAAGCAAACAUAGUAUUAGCUUUUCUUUUUAACCCCAAGAGUUUCAAAACCGAUACCUUAUGGAAAAUGAAAAAAUAAUAAUAAUUCCGUAGUCUGAUAGACUUUCUCAGUUUCACUACGAAGAAGAAAUUGCUAAGACCAUACAGUUCUCGUUUUAACUGAUAAUGGAGCUUUCAAAACGGCUUUCCUUUCUUUAAUUUAUUUCACUGCUCGAAAUAGAUGAUAAAAUAGCAUCUUUUUGAAAUCAGCAUAUCAGAUCAAGAGCCCCUGGGAAGGGGGUUGGGUACAUUUUGCUUUUUGCCAAACUUCACUGAUAAAUUGUUUAAAAGACUCUUUUCUUAAGUAGAAAAUGAUCGGUUUUGAGGUAGAGUCCCGGCUUUGAUGCACUCGAAAACGUUUAUAAGGAGAAUUUUUUUUUCAUCUUUGCAGUCUGUCUUCUGAUAUUAUCACGGACCAGUCCUCAAUUUCGAUUCCCGCGUUCGGCCUGGGCCCCGGCGAUUACAUCUUCCAGCUCACUGUCUCAAUAUCCGACGUCGGUGUAAAUAACGCUGACUACACCUUCGUUAGCAUCGCAGACUCAGACAUCGAAGCCCGCAUUGCCGGUGGAGAUUUCAGGUCACAUGACUGGGGCCAAUGGCUCGUAUUGGAUGCAACCAAAUCGAUCGACCCACUAUCGCCAAAAGACGACAACUUGAAUCACGCUUGGUUUUGCAACAUUACCAAAAAUGAUGCUGAUAUGAUUACACCGGGUUCUGAUUGUUUUGGAAAUGGAGAAAAUCAAGUUGAAUUCGAAGGCAAAGUCUUCAAAAUUGCACCGAGGAGCCUUAUAGAGGCUACAACUUAUGCGUUCACUGUAAACGUCAGUUCAUCCAGCACCAGCCGCUGGUCAACAGCAACGCAAGAGGUGAAAGUGUUGAUCGGGAACCCGCCAGAUAUCAAAAUACGGUAAACUAUGACAGAAACCCCAUUAUAAAAAACAAAACUAUAUUUUAAAAGGUCCUCAAUAACUUUAGAUCAUUAUAGAGGCAAAAGGCCACGAUAAUACCAAAGCGAGCAACUUCCAUGUACGCUAGUCACGGUGUUUUCAGCAAACCAGCCGCAAAUGCUAAAGACCUACAAAUAGUACAUUUUGACCUUUCAACAACGAUAUUUAAUUCUUCAAAUGCGUUUAUAGACGAAGGGGCGCUUCAGUUCCUCGGGAAUACAUUUACUCUAAAAAUAAACCGCUCCGUGAAAAGGUUACAUGAGAGUGACAUAGGAGUUACUCUCUCUGGAUCAUGGUCUCCUGAUAGGGGCUGUAUUUAUUACAAUGAUGUACUUAUGAUCAUAUUUUUAGUACUCUGAAAGAAAAUACUGUGAAUACUUAAUGCAACUAUGAUGGAAUUUACAGAGAAGGUUAUUUUUCUUGAUUUAUUCCAAUUCUAGUUGUGAGUCCAAUUGUGGAACAUACCUAAAUCCUUCCAGGAGAAUUAUCCUCACGACCACAUGUCUCAACUGUGAUGGCAUCAACCAAAUCAAUUAUAACUGGUCAGCAGAGGACGUAGAAACAUCUGUACCUUUCUCGAUAUGGCCCGACCGAGCCCUCACGCCACGAGACUCACAGAAUGCGGUCAUCCUUGGGAAUACAUUUGACAGUGGUGCUUCGUACAAGAUCCGAGUCAUGGCCUCCAGAUCCAACGCAGGUUAAGCAUGCACAAAUACAUUGUUCAAUUCUUAUAAAAGAGUAUCUUAGUAACUUAGAAAUGAAGCAUUUUUUGGCCAGGGUCUUGGUGUUGCCGAUGAAGCGUUCACGAAAAAUUGAAACUAUAGAAUAAUAUCUUCAACAUAACAAAUUCGGAACGAACAGUAGUUUCGUUUACGCCAAGGAACAGCCUGCAUUCUUAAAGCAAGCUUACGGCUAAUACUGUAAUAAUCCUGUCCCCUCUGAUAAUAGUACUCGCACUUUCAAUAACUUUUCAAAAUUAGUCAUUUGCUAUGGGAGGCAAUUAAUGUUUAGUUUUUCCAAACUUUUGCCGGAUACUAAAAAAAUAAUCAUAUACUCUUCCAGAAGUCCAAGGAUUCGCCGAAUAUAUCAUCCAAACCAAUAAUCCACCUAAAGAUGGCUCGUGUGAAGUCAAACCCAUUACUGGCGAGGAGCUCAAAACAAGAUUUAGGUUUUCUUGUAGCGGCUGGCAAGAUGAUCACGAACCGCUGACCUAUGAGAUGUUUUACUCUUACCAACGUGACAGCAAAGACCCAAGCUCCUCCCAAAAUGGCGUACUGUUCUUUCUUGGUCCUUCUGUAGAAUCAGCUGAGUUUUUAUUUCCAGCCGGCAAAGAAGAGGACAGACACUUCAUUGAUGUCGUGGUGAAAAUUAAAGACGCAUAUGGGGAGUUUGUGCAACACAACCUAACAAUAAAAGUAACAAUUCCUUCGUAAUGAUUAGUGAUUUAAUAUUAGCGACCACAGAUUCAGCUUUGACGGGUACCACUGAGAGCCUUCAACGGGCUUUAGGAAACUAGGGAAAGAGACCAUUUAUUUUGGGGGGAACAAGGGGCAUAUUUUGAAAUAACUAUUAAGGGACAAGAGAACUGUUAAGGUUUUUAGAGAACAAGGAAAACGGGUAUACAUUAAGGUCUCUUAAAAGACCCCGAACACACAUGAACCGACCAAAGUUUUUUUGUGUUUGAAAACUUGAUUGCACUCUGUUGAGUGUGAUUUGGUAAGGUGUUCACCAAGAAGAUCGGAGAGUUUCGUAUGUUUUCUAGAAAGCUGUAAUUGUGUUGAAACGAUGAGGCUAAGUUCAGUGAUUUUUACCACUCUGAAGUUCAAGGUGUCUGGAUAUCAAAUGGAUCUGUUACAAUACUUGAUUGUUUCAUAUUCUUCUCAAAUUGAUGAAGUCUUUUUAAAGAAAUCACGUUACGGCGAUAAGGAUAACAUUUCCGGGCUCCUUCACCCAUUUUUUUUUCCGUUUUUUUCUCGACACUGCUCUCUAAUUAGAAUGUCAUGAAUUUGAGAAAGUACGUAGAAAUUGAUUAAAUUUUGUUCUCCUUCUUGUUAUUCUUUUCAGGUAAAACCGAGGAAUGUGAGUCUAAAAGAACUGAAAAGCGAGAUACUUGAACAAGGAAACCAAAUCGAAAAGGCAGUAGACUUAGGAGCAGAUAUCGUCGCCGUACAACUCAUAAACGUUAUCAGUAACAUACUCAACAGUAAAAAUGACACCAGUAGCAAUUUCCUGGCAGAAAACCAACAGGCA